AUGGACACUGAUGAAAACGAAAAUCAGCAGGCUAACGAUGAUCGGCUGGUCAUCUGCCUCCUCAUAUACUGCACUUCAUUCUUACUGUCGGUCUGGGUAGCCAACGUACUAGGCAUGUCCCUCUUCUUCCCACUCGCAGCAUAUACACUCGCCACCGUAGUAAGCAUAGUCACACACUACUUGUUACGAGGCUGUCCUUCACUGCAACAGGCUGCCGAAACAGCACAUUCUCCACUUCUUCACCGCCGACAGACCUCCGUUGACAGCGGCUACACGUCCAAUUAUGGAACGAUAACCAAUGGCAACACACAGCUCGACCUCAGCAAUGACGAGAGAUUCUGUCAACUAUGCACACUCAAAGAACAAGAGAAAGUGCUCAAGGCCGAAUUGGCGAAACUGGAAGUGAAAGCAAACGAGGCGUACAGCAAGCACUCGAAUGCGUCACAAUUCUUGUGCGAUCAUGACGCUCACAAGAGUGAGGCGAGCAAGGUUAUAUUUGACGGGUUCAAAGACGCCAGUAGAGCUUGGUAUGCCGCUGAUCAAGAGAGAGCGGCGAAGAAGAAAGAAUUGCUGAGUCAUCAGCAAAAGAUUCAGACCUUGAGAGCGGAGAUGGACGAGCAUUUUUGGGACUUAGUCUGA